AUGGGCAAGAAUCUCUUAAGAACACAGCCAACAACCAUUAACCUUGCUCCUGAAUCUAUAUUCCAGGUGUUGACGGGUCACACAGGGUCAGUGUUAUGCCUCCAGUACGAUGAGAGGGUGAUCAUUAGCGGGUCGUCAGAUUCCACAGUCAGAGUGUGGGACGUGAACACGGGCGAGAUGACCAACACACUCAUCCACCACUGUGAGGCAGUACUUCACUUACGCUUUAACAAUGGAAUGAUGGUCACUUGCUCAAAGGACCGUUCCAUUGCUGUCUGGGAUAUGGUAUCUCCGGCAGAAAUCAACCUCAGACGGGUGCUAGUGGGUCACCGGGCAGCAGUUAAUGUUGUUGAUUUUGAUGAGAAAUAUAUUGUCAGUGCAUCUGGUGACAGAACAAUCAAGGUUUGGAGCACAGGAACCUGUGAAUUUGUGCGGACGCUAAAUGGUCACAAGAGGGGCAUUGCAUGUCUGCAGUAUCGUGAUAGACUUGUAGUCAGUGGCUCUUCAGAUAAUACAAUAAGGCUGUGGGACAUUGAAUGUGGUGCAUGUUUAAGAAUUCUGGAAGGGCAUGAAGAACUUGUACGAUGCAUUCGCUUUGACAACAAGAGGAUCGUAUCAGGAGCAUAUGAUGGGAAGAUCAAGGUUUGGGACCUCCAAGCAGCGUUGGAUCUCCGAGUGCCAGCUGGAACCUUAUGUCUUCGAACUCUUGUGGAACAUUCCGGCCGAGUAUUCCGCCUCCAGUUUGACGAGUUCCAGAUAGUGUCGUCCUCCCACGAUGACACUAUCCUCAUCUGGGAUUUCCUCAACUGCUCCCCUCCAGAAGCAUCUGGGACCGCCGGUGCUCGAGGGGGAUCGCCCACCUGCGACAGAAGCUAAUGCAGUGAAGACAUAGUGCACAUUGUUUUGUUCCAUUAAAAGAGGUCUCCUGAGCGUUGAUGAUCCUCAGGAGAUACUCUCGUAGCAACUUGCAUCUACGGGAUGUGCCUGCAGCUGUGAAAGAGACUUGAGUGAUGGAAGCUCGAGUGCUGUCAAGAGAAAAAAAAAAAUAGUGCCCGUGAAUUGUGUGUGGUUGUCCACGCAUCUUGAACACAUCUUGAAAAUAAAGGCACGGAAAAGACUUGCAAGUGCUGAGGGUUGGUAGUAAGCACCCAGCACCUCUGCCUGCCUCCCCCCCCUGGCCCGUCCAUACUUCUGUGGUGUGAUAGGCAAACUCCUACAUCACUUUGGUGCAUAGCCAGAAAAGUGUUGGUGUACUCUUCUUGUGCUGACGUUCUAGUGCCCUCUUGUUCUCUACUGCGAAUUGAGGCUUACGCUCCUCUGUCUCUCUCUCUCUCUCUCUCUCUCUCUCUCUCUCUCUCUCUCUCUCUCUCUCUCUCUCUCUCUCUCUCUCUCUCUCUCUCUCUCUCUCCUCUUUCCUCUUUCUCUCCUCUUUCUCUCCUCUUUCUCUCCUCCCCCUCUCUCUCUCUUUCUCUCUUAUUUUCUCUCACUCUGAGACUGUCUGCAAUGCCAGAACUUUUUUUUUUUUUUUAUAUACAUAUACUGUAACACUUUGAGUUUUAGAGCUUCCUCAUUUGGAGCAACUUUAAAAAUGAGAAUCAGAUCUGACAAAAGGCUGAGAGAAAAAAAGAAAUAUAUAUUUAAAAGUAAAUAAAGAUAGCUUGUAAGGUGACCUGCGCUACUUGUGUGAACCAAUAAGAUGAAAUCAGUAAUUGUUGUUAUUGUUCUCAUCAAUUGAUAAAGGAGGAUACUAUCCAGUGUAACACACCUCUCAUCAGUAAGGAGAGGAAGAAAGUGCUAUGGACCAUAAUGGGUGUGCAAGUUAUGUAUAUCAGUGUAUUGAGUUAAUGAGAUGAUGGCAACUGAGCAAAGUAAGGCUUCCAGUGGAAAAUGGAAAAGAAGCAAAGGAUCUCAUCUGCUCCACCAGUCCAACAGCCAAACAUCUUUUUUAUUAUCAGGCCAUGACAUUCAUGAUGUUCCACUUGUAAAUUCAUUUUGUGUAAAAAGAAGACAGUAUGUGCUAUUGUCUAGCAAUCUGUGCAAUAUUUUCAAAAUGAGGACUCAUUUCUUAUUACAUAGUGGUUUUGAUUCUGAAGUGUUACAAUAGAGUAUACACAAGCAUAUGUCAUUCAGCAAAGCUAACAGGAACUAACUGUUGUUAAAGAGAUUGGAAGAGCUUUACCAGUAAAUCUAAACUUUUUUUCUGCAUAAAAAUAGAGUAGAGCUUUCUUGAAAUGAUAUUUAUGCUUUUUUAGACAGGAUUUGUGAAAGAUUUGACAUACAAAAUGCAGCUGAGUCUACUGAAAUGUUCUUGUAUACUUUUUAUCUUUUCUGUUUCAUAACUGUUCACUGAUGCAACUUCAUUGGGUCAACGACAGCAGCACAUGUUAUUGACAACAUGAAAGGGAAACAAAAUGCCUUCCCAAAACAAACAAACUACCGUUGACUCUGAAACUUUAGGAUCACAUCCACUGCUGGCAUCUUGUAUAUUUUAUUAUCAUUUAUUAGCUUUCACCCCUCAUUUUUAUGGUAUAGAAUGCAUUAUUCACCCCCCAAUAUAUAUGUAUAUACAGAGAGAGUGAUGAUACGUCUGUGUGAGUGUCAAGUGUGUGAACAUGUCCAUGGGGCCUAUUUGGUUGUUGAGAUAUUUUUCAUUCCAAUGCUUGCUGUAGCCAAUUUCAGUUUUCAAAAGUUCCAAUGGAAUAAUGAAUUGUAAAUUGCAUUGGGAAGCAAAAUUUUAAUAGAGGAUAUCAUAGGAGUUGAAACUGUGAUGUAUUGCCUCAAAUUUCAGUUUCAGAUUGUUUUGAGUUAAAACGAAUUCUCAAUUUUAGGGUUCCACUGCAAACCAGAAUAUGAAUUAUUUUAAAGCCAAAUUCCAGUGUAUUGUAUCUAGUUGUCUGAGGAAGAUUUGAAACAGAAGUACAUCAUGUCACCAAUAUCAAUACAAUCUUUACAAGAUUUGGCAUAGCUUCAUUUAACAUCUGUUGAGAGUUCAUGAUGUAUGCAGGGUUACUUCUUUAAGCCCCAGUGAUUUUUCAGAAUCACAGAAGCAUGGUUUGAAUAUUAUUGGCUCUAUCUAUAGUACUAAGUCCUAUAGAUUGCCAAGGGUAGUAUAGUACUAUCAUUCUUAAGAACAUUUUAUGUUGGUAAAUCAUAAAAAUUCAAGUUAUUAGAAGAAAAAAAACAUAUAUCAUAACUAUUUAGAAAUUAAUGAGAAUAAGUACAGAUUUGAAGUUCUAUAUUUAUACAGAGGAUAAUAUGAACACACAUACAUGUGGGUUAACAUUUUGAAGCUUAGCAUUCACAAAUGUGAUAAUCCAUGCGCUUGGCCAAAUUGUUCGUAAGGGUAUAGGAAAAUAAGAAAUCAGAUAUAAAUGUAGGAAAAGAAGAAAUAGAAAGAUAUCACAAGAAAUCAAAACUAAUUUAAAGAAAUUAGUGAAAUCUAAGCAAACUGUAGAUAGUAUUGACAAAUAUGGAAUAUGUUUAGUACUUAAAUUCAACUAGGUUAAGCUUGAAAAAUGUGAGGGUUGAGCAUUGAAUGCUGGCAUCAUUCGUCCACCCUCUCUCUCAACUCAAGCAGUGGGAAGCAUCACUGUUAACAUCACUUUUCUUUCAUAUUGAUAUCAGGUUCAUGAAUAUAGCUGUCAUGCAUUUUUUUUUUUUUUUUUUUUUUUUUUU